GGCACUGCACCGGGGGCGGCCUCCUUCCCGUGGCUGGAAAGAUAAAAGGAGGCCACCCCAGCGCGGUGGGGGUGGGUCUUUCCGUGCGUGCGCGAGGGCAAGGGAAAGAAGGCAAGCGUCCAAAGCGGCGCGCGGGCUUUGGUUUGGUUUACCCGGAUGGGGAAGUACAUGAGGAAGUGCAGGGGCGCAGCAGCGGGGACGGGGCGGGGGCCGGCCGUGGAGCUCGCGCAGGUGGUGGUCGGCGUCAGGACGCGGGCUCGCUCCGCCGCCUCCGCGAGUGCGGCGGCGGUACGACCGGCGCCGAAGAGGCCGAGGAAGGCGGCCGCGCGCGCGGAGGUGGAGGUGGAGACGGGCCGUGACGACGGCGGCGCGGCGGCAGGGUGCUAUCUGCAGCUGCGGAGCAGGAGGCUGUUCAUGGCCGCGGCCGAGGUGGCGGUGCCGGCGCCGCGGUGUGCGGUGGCGGAAGAGGAAGAGGAGGAGGCUGCUCCUUCGGUGGCUGGCUCUGGAGCUUCUGGGGAGGAGGCGGUCGUUGUGGCCGGGAUCUCGAGGUGCUCCAGCACGGCGUCGUCGGUGGACGUCGUGGCAACGAGGGGGAGGAGCUGUGGCACGGCGGAGAUGGCACGCGAGGACCGCGACGUGGAGAGCUCCGUCAGCGACUCCGGGUGCGGUCGAAAGAGGAGAGAGACGACGCCGUCGAGCCGGCCGCCGGGAGAUCUCAGCGACCAUGAGUCGAGUCAGGCGGCGGACGACCAAAAGCGCCACCGCCGGAGGUCACCGGCCACAGCGACGACGACCGCGGUGGCUUGCAGAGUAAGGAUGCCACCAGCUGAUGAGAUCGAGGAGUUCUUCUCCUCCGCAGAGACGGCAGUGGCCGAGCGCUUCGCGGCCAAGUACAACUUCGACGUCGUGCGUGACCUGCCGCUUCGCGCCGGCCGGCUCGAGUGGACCCCUGUGGCCAGCGGCUGACGACGACGGGCGACGGAAAGCGUAAAGCAGAAGCCGAAAAAAGCGGCGGCGCAGAAAGCGAAGGCCGGCUGCCGCAUGCAGUGCGAUGAAAGAGAAGCUCCAAGUAAAACAGAAAACGGUAAAGAUACCAGGAAAAAGAAAGAAGUAUUUUUAGCUUUAAGAUAGUAGCGCUCUCUCGAUCCGGCUUGUUCAAAUUAAAAUUCUUGGUAGUUCCUGCCGCUAGAAUUUCUUUAGCCAAUUGAAAUACUGCUAAUACUAGCAAAUAGGCUCCCUCGUGUAAGUGUAACUCUUGUUCCUGUUUCUUGUUGGUAUCCUUGGGACAGACGCCAUUCAAUGUACAGUACUGCAGCAGCUGCACUGUAACAGUUAACUACCGUCCAUGGUUCAAAAACAGUAAACUACGGUUGCUGACGGCUGACCCCUUGCUUAGUCUUUUGUUC